UAUAAAGCAGCCUUAGAAGGACUUGCCAUUUAAGCAUUUGCUAUUUAUAAAUUGUCAAAGCGUAAAAAUGUUUUUAGAAUCCUGCAUUAUAUUAUGGACGGUCCUUACCUUUGUACAACGUUCUAAAGAUUCCAAAGAACCUGAAUCCGUACGUGAAGAUCCGAAUUUUGAAAAUAUGAAUUCUGAGAACUCAAAGAACGAUGAAGAAUCCAGCCAGUUGUUCAAGGACCUAAAGGACCUUUUAUUGUGGCGCAACUGGCGAUCGACUUUAAUUGUAUUUACGAGUGUUUUGAUCCUCUUGCUCGAUGUUAUUGCCCACUCGGUGAUCAGUGUCGUCAGCAUGGCAGGGAUCACUGUAGUUUUGGCGGCCAUUGGUCACCGCCUUAUUAUGCAGUUCUUGUGGUCCUGGAAGAGGGAUGUCAGCAAGGAUCAUAUCUCACGUCUGUAUCCUCAGGUAAAUAUCGAUAUUCCUCGGGAGGAGGCUAUGCGACUGGCAGGAAUGGCAGUUAUUCAUCUUAACUGGAUUUUAAACCGUUUACUGAGACUGUGUCUUGUGGAGAAGUGGGAAGAUACCUUAAAGUUUUUAGCUAUGCUUUGUGGAAUCAAUUUACUGGGCGAUUGUUUCAACGGAUUGACGUUGCUGCUUUUUGCGUUUGUGUUAAUGUUUACUCUACCAAAGCUAUAUGAAAUGUACAAGCCGAUAGUUGAUGCCCAGAUUGGGAAAUUCUAUAAGUGCAAGCAGCAGAUGGAGAAAGUACCCGAAUCUCAGGACGAAAACAAGAUGAGUACCGAAAAGGAAUAUCCCACUGAGAUGCCAAAUAAAGCUCGGGAGUCCAAGGAGGGAACUGUGCUAUAUGAGGUCUGCAAUAAUGAGCAGCUCCUUGAUCUCCUGGAGGAGGAGCACCGCAAAGGAUGUCGUUGCCGCGACUGCGAGCAGGACGAUCUGCCCAUCGAAGCCCACUAAGUUGAAAUCAGUUUAAAAUUAAUAUGGUGUUGAUGUUCAAAAUUUGUGUUGUGGAAUUAUAUAUUGUUGUUCCACUGAGUUGGCAA